AUAGUUAAACAACAAAAACAAGCACAAACCAACAAAAAGUCAAUAGGGGCAAGCUUUAACUUUUGGCAAGCCAAUUCCUUUGCCCCUACAUAGACUCUACCCGGUCUGUAUCCUUCAAAGAUUGAUUCUUUUUCUCAGUGAAUACUGAUAUAUACUUCUAUAACUAGACAUCAAUUUCUAUACAUCACUUGUUUGUAUAUGUGUAUAAAAUAGAAGUAGGACUCGAGAAUUGGCAAUUCAAGUCCUGGGCGGUGGGCAACUCUUUAUCUUUCUUUCACUUGGUUUCUUGUAGAAUUGGGUGAUUGGUGGAUUGGUACGAGAAUUUCUUGAAUACCCAGUUGAUGAUUCUCUUUUGUUUUGACAUUUCUUGGAUUUUUUUGUGGUUUUAGAGUUGGCCCUUAUAGUUCAGAUUAUCAUAAUCGUUGUUUUCGAUGGCGCAAUUCGUGGAAUUAUUGAUCUUGUGAGGUGGGGUUUUGUUGGGUUUUGAAUCUUUUGAGGUUAGAAAGAGAAGUAGAUGUUGAGAGGAAGAGAGAGGCUAUAAGGUGGGCUGAAUUAUAUGGGUAAUUUAUGUUGCUUCAAUUCUGUCUUUAAUCAGGUUGUAGGAGGACGAUCUUCAUGUAGCUCUGGCAAGGGCAGGAGCCAUCAGGGCCCUGCUAAAUAUGGCUUUAGCCUAGUAAAAGGGAAAGCAAAUCAUCCAAUGGAGGAUUAUCAUGUUGCAAAGUUUGUUAAGAUCCAAGGACAUGUGAUUGGACUUUUUGCUAUAUAUGAUGGGCAUUUAGGAGAUAGUGUACCUGCCUAUCUUCAGAAGAACUUGUUUAACAAUAUCUUAAAGGAUGAAGAGUUUUGGACAGAUCCUAGCAAGUCCAUAUCAAAAGCAUAUGAGAAGACUGACCAGGCUAUUCUCUCGCAUAGUCAUGACUUGGGAAGGGGUGGAUCAACGGCUGUCACUGCAAUUCUGAUAAAUGGCCAGAAGUUAUGGAUUGCAAAUGUUGGAGAUUCUCGAGCAGUUCUUUCAAGAAGAGGGCAAGCAGUACAGAUGACAACUGAUCAUGAGCCAAACACUGAGCGGGGUAGCAUUGAGAACAAAGGCGGUUUUGUCUCAAACAUCCCAGGAGACGUUGCAAGAGUGAACGGCCAGUUGGCAGUUUCUCGAGCUUUUGGAGAUAAGAACCUCAAAUCACACUUGCGAUCUGACCCUGACAUCCAGAACACUGUUAUUGACUCAGAUGCUGAGAUUCUCAUCCUUGCUAGUGAUGGUCUAUGGAAGGUCAUGUCUAAUCAAGAAGCAGUUGAUAUAGCAAGAAAGACAAAAGACCCAGAAAAGGCAGCCAAGCAACUAGCAGCAGAGGCAGUGAAAAGAGACAGUAAGGAUGACAUCUCCUGCAUUGUAGUUCGCUUCAAGGGGUAAAGCUAAAAAUAAGGAAGAUCCCUAGAUUAUGAGAUUUGUAUAUGAGCGUUUUGCAAUCAUAUGGGAUGCAAUUCUAUAGCCUAUCACCAGUUUGAAAUCUCAUAAAAUCCUUCUUAUGUUGAAAUGUAGCUUCUUCCUUUCCCUUCCCCUUCUCCUUCCUCUAUAAAAUUCACUUGGGUUGUUUGUGUAGAUUCAUACCUUCAAUUUUCUUUGCAAUAUGCACCUUGAAAUGAAAGCACUGUUGAGAUUGCAUGUGUGCCA